UGGGAAAGAAAAGUUGGUAAGGGAGCUAUCAGUAUGGGAGACCUUCAAGUUGCCAGGAGGUUCUCUAACACAAUUCCGAGGUAGUUCUACGUGAGUUGUGAACUUUCUCGGCGCCACAUACAACCUUACAGUAGUGGGGAACGAUAAUGGAUAGCUCGGAUACUAGAGACUUAGCCGCAGAGAAUGGCGGGUUGGCCUGCAGAGAGGAGCCGAGCAACGGAGGACGGUCGGUGCUCCUUAUGUGUCUUACCUAUAUACCGGAGAGAUACAGGACCGCCAAAUUCAGCCUGGGAGCCUACCUGCUCUGCUGGGCUCUGUUCAGAUGGUACAAGAAUCUCAGAUGCCGGCCUGCUCCUCUACAGCCUCAGGAAGCCAUUGAAGACUUCCCCCACCUCUCUGAAGGAUUAAGCUUACAGGAGGGGGAUUUGGGUGCAGAUUCCGUGGAACGGUGCGAGAGAAGCAUAGGAGGUGGUGACACAUCUGAUGAGUAUUUUGACUCCUGCUCAUGGCACAGUGACACUCUGUCAGAUUUAACUCCAGAUGGGGAGGACUGUCUGGUUGCCCUGUUUGGACUGGAGGACGCCUACAAUGGUCAUCAAGCAACAGGCAGCAGCUUCUGCACUGCACAGAGUAGGAAAAGCCCAGAGAACAAUCCAGACCCUAAUAUUCCCUUAAAGCUCAGUACCAGAGACCUGUGCUCAGUUGAGAUCCAACUCCAUCCAAACUCAGAAAGGGAGGAGCUCACUGGAAGGGAACUAGAUCCAAAACAACCUCAGAGUGCAAGGUUACAACCAUUGCUAGUUCAAGGUCGAACCCUGGAUUUAAUCCUUAAUCACUGGGAUCAAGGGGGUGCUACAAUAGAUACACCCUUUUGUAGGCAGCUCCAUUCAGUUGACCAGCUCUUGGAGAGAGCACAGUCAGGCUCUAUAGAUCCAGGGCCUGACUCAUCUCAAAUCCAGUAUGACAUUGGUAAGGGGUCUGAGGAAUGUCUGCCUCCUCACCCAUUCUUGAAUAAUCUGCUGUUUUUACCUGGCAACCAAGGAGCAGAGGAAACCUCCCCUCUGUUAUCGGAGAAGUUUAGAGGACAGAGGGAGGGGCUAGGAUCACCCUGCUCUCUUCUCAGGCAAACCAAGGAAUGGGAGGGGGAGGGCAGUUAUGGUUAUCUUGAUCAGGAACAAACCGUGGAAGCAAUAAGCAAAGUCAGUCUUCCACAGUCACAACUUGGCACAACAGAGCUUUCUGAGCACAGGGAGCUGAGAGUUAUUCCCAAAGCAAUUACUAGGGAUCUUGAUGCCUACUUCUUUCCUGAGCAUCUGCCUAGUAAGAUAGGAGAAACUUCAACACAUCCGGCUGCUACUGAGUCCAUUCAGAACAGUAGUGGAGAACACCCAAGUGCAGCUCGAAGGGCAAUUUCCCAGUCAAACAUACAAAGCACUUUCCACACAGUUUCUAGUCAUUAUAAGCAAAUUCAGAUGGAUCUGAAGAUCCCUGAACCUCUCUGUAGCCAGAAAACCUCUCUUUCUCUACUCUCAGACUCCAACAAUAACACCAAGGCCAGUAUAAAAGGGGUGCAAAGAGGGGAGGUCGUAGGAUGUUUCUCUGGGGGACCCCAGAGCAACUACAAAGAUAAUGAGAACAUAAUUCGCCCCCAGGAAGAUUCUGAGGUGUCUUUGUCUUCACUGGACCACAGAUUCAACGAGAGCAGUGAGGAAUCUGUGCUAGGGAAAGACUUUGAUAGCCACUUCCAUUUAAACCUGGUUCAUGCAGAUGAGCUAGAAAAACUAAAGACAGAAAAAAGCACUGAAGAUAACACAGUUGUAGAAAGUCUAGAGCUCAAGUGUGCUAACUCAGAAAAAAAUGAAGGCCUUAAGCCCUUACGUUCACAAGUGGACAGUGAGCUUAAAGAGGACAAGCAACCAGGGGAUCACAGCUUACCUAACAGAAGAAGAGGCAGCUUAUCUGAAUCAUUGGAGGAAUAUACACUGGCUGAGAAGUGCAGAGAACAUACACAGGUGAGCUUGUUGGCUCCACAGCAGGAGGUGAGGAUAGUAAGGUACUCAAAUCCUGAUGUCAGCGUCAGCCUGCUUGCUGUCAGAAGUUUAGAGCCAAUUUGGGAGGCUGAGCGUUCACUGGAAAACUGUGGCACAACAGAGGACAAUUUAAAAAUAGAAACAAAGAAAGAAUAUGAGAUCAUGAGGCCUGCUGAUAAAGUCCAGACUGAACAGAAAGAAAAAUAUUUAACCACUGCUGAGUUAGAACCUGGAGUGAACACAUCUACACCUGUCCUAUGCACAGGUAGCGAAAAGCACUGUAGACCUAUGACUGUUGCCUAUGAUGCUGUGUGUUACACUUCAGCUAGCAGCAACUGCGAUGAAUUGGAGCAUCCUCACUUUGCUAUUUCAUACAGAGAUGCCAGUCUUCAAAAAAUGAUCAAGAGAAGCAAAGCGAAAGGCAGCCAGACAGGAAAUAGAAGCUCUAAGUUUUCUGUCUUUGCUAAAAUGCCUUCUUUUAGGAAGGCUAAGGGCUCAAAGUGCUCUAAAAGUGAGGAGGUGCUCCAGGAGUCAUCAGAUGGAGGAGGUGAGGGCCCUAUGCCUGAGCAAGGGCCAAAGAAAAACAACUCAGAUGAUGAGGUUUUUGUCAGAGGUGACAUCCUCAACCAAACAGUCCACCAAGCAUUUUCCCCAGUGCGUCAAGAGAUAAAAGAAGAGGACUGCUUCCUCCCCUCUAUUCCCGACACUCGCCUUGCCCGUCAUCUAGUCAGCCAAGGGAGUAGCGAGGUGGGUAGCAGAGGAUCGUGCCCAGACAACCCCCUCCUCAGGCAAGUCCAGUCACCUAAUGGGCAAACCUGCAAGAAGAGCAAGACCAAUGACAAUUUAAACAUUUGCAUGCGCUUUGCACAAGCACACAAGUCUCUUUCCAGCCUGUUUGAGUCCCGUCUGAUGGAUAAGGAGAAUGAGGAGCAGGCCACUGUGGGCAUUGAUGUGGAUUAUGGUAAAUCCAAACAAUCCUGGAGGAAGUUAAAAAAGGCCAAGGAGGCCGAGCUGCUGAAAAGAACUCUUUCAGUGCCAGAUGGGGAAUGUAGUGAUACUGCUUUUGGGCAGGACUGUGGACACGUUAUGUCCUCUCCACUCCUAGACAGACUUAGCAAUCCAGGGUCCCCAUCCUCCCUCAGAAGCCUUUGCCACACUGAUCCCAUCACCAAACGGGGAGUUCCACAAGGGGGUGGAAAGGAAAGCCCCCAUGGGUGCAAAUCUGAGGGCCAGAGAAGAAAGUAUUCACCGAAUGGUCUACCUACCACACUGCGUGGGUCUGGCCUACCUCCAUUUUUAGAGGCCUCCGCUGUUUCACCUUUGAGCCCGAGCUCGUUAGCCACCCUUACUCAUCAGCAUUCGCCUUUCUGGACUAGAUCCCAGCCAGUAGCCAAUGAUGGCUUGACUGACAGCCCCCUACGGCCAAUGAGCCCUAAGCCUAACAGCCCUAGGCCAGCAGCUCAACGCAAAAUUUUUCGAUGCCCUCACUCAUCAAGGUGCAGGUCUGUGUGUCGUAUUCUUCUGGGUCAGUCAGUCAGCGUGGAGGGAUUGAUGGACCCCCCCGAGAGACCCAAGGCCCUAAAACCCUCAACUAGCCCUCUUGAUGUCAGCCUCAGCCUUCUGGAUGGAGCCGAGCACAGAAUAGACAGCCAGUCACACAUCGGCCUCUAUGCCAUUGGCUUCAUCAGUGGAUUAGAGGGCACACAAAACAGUGGUCAACCUGCCAGCCAGUCCAGGACAAGAAAGCUGUUGGAAGUGGAGAUUGAAGGGAAGGCCUCUGUCGUUCUUGGAGGGCACAGGACUGGCUGCUGGGUGGAUGUGGGCCAUGACGGAGGUGGCCAGCAGCGAAGGCAAAACUGUUCAGAUGAUCUCUGGAUUGAAGAGCAAAAGAAAUAUAAACGCAAAUUGGCCAGAGCCAUCAGGGGAAGCCUGGGCCAAAUCAACACACUGAUAUCUGAAGAAAGGGAUAAAACUGAUACUGGAGUCACCUCAGGGCCCAAGGCUUUCAGAGGGAUGCCCCUCAAGGCUAACUGCUUCUCUCAGAGCACCCCCAUCGGUCUUGACUGCUUGGGCUGGAGAAGACGCAUCCCCUACGCCUGUCAGAGCUUCAGGUUGUGAACAUUAAUCAGACUGACGCUCAACUAUUUCUCUCUUCU